AGUUGCUUAUGUCCGUUUGACGAACAACAUCCGAUUCGCAGUGAUGCCGGCUACACAUACUAGCCCGUUGAUUGCAAUAAUUGUCACUACGGUAGUAGUUUUUUCGUUAAUUAUCUUCGAAUGCAGUCUCACCUGGGGCUUAUCAUUUCGAGGGAGGGCUACAGUGAAACCGCAAUAUUUGAUCAGUUUAAACUGCAGCAACGAGACAUUGCUAGCGAAGAUCGACUGUCCGUGCGCCUUGAUCGGCCAAAAGUGCUACCAGGCCGGUUCAGUCUGCUAUGGACCGAACAACCGGACUUCCGGUGACUUUGGCAACGGCAGUCCAAAACGUGGGGUUUGUGGAUGCCGAGCACCCAGCGUGCGCAGACUGACCAUAUGCACGAAUAUUUUUCGAAUUGAUAUCACAGCGGGACUGACCAGCGCGGCAACGGUGGAUGGAUGUCUCUGUGCGUAUUCAACAAUUCCCGGACUUUCUAUGAAGAAUUAUUUUGGGAUUCUACCAAUACAAUUCUUGUUGGCUGUCGUCAAUGGGACAAAUAACGACCUGACGCCGUACAUCAACAUCGACUUCAGUACGCUGGAAUUGUACGUUGAGCCUUUCAUGCCAGCCGUUAACACCACCCAAUACUAUUCCGUGUUCGGCAUCGAUGCCACAAAUCACAGCAGCAACACGCUAAUUUUUUCGGUUAACUUCGUUGUUCCUGUAUUAAGCACGUUAUGUCCAGCGUGUACAUCUUGACCUUCGUCAAUGUUGGCAUUACGGAUCGAAUUUUUUGUUACAUUCAGAAGUAAAAAAAGGUUUACUACUACAGUGUUAUGUUUCGUGCAAUUUUAUUAUACCUUUAUGAACUUCUCUAAAAUAAGUUAUGUGCUGGAUCACUUCCUUUAAU